AUGCAGUGGGCAGCUUGUGGUGCGUGCGCGCUGCACCACACCGCGCCCCAAAGGGUGCCCGUCGAAACGAAGGAUGUCGUGCAACGUCUUUCACAGCAAGACUUGGACGUUGUGCUGCUCGCCCCAUUCUGGAAGCCUGCUACUUUUGUUCGCACUUUGCCAAGCUGGGCGAGGGGUGAUGUUGAUCCCCCAACGCUCAUCACGCCCAUGAUGGGGGCAAGGCUUUCCGGGCUCGCCCACGAUAAAUCACUCAAACAUCUACCUUCGCGCUCGCGGUCCAGUCACAGCCCUCGAGGUACGAGGCGAGACCUUGGCGUCUUGAUUUGCCAAGCAGCCGCCGUGUCACUGUACGGAAGCCUGUCUGUCUGCAGCCGACAAGCGAUGAGCAUCUCGACCUCGACCGCUUGGUAG